GUUGAGUUUGAUAUUCAUAUGAGUACAGAAUACAAUUUAGUAUACUUAUUGGUACUUGAUAGCUCUUUGCAAUUAUUUUUAUUGUUUAUAUUUCCCAUGUGGUGAACAUUGGAAUCACAUUGUAGUAGUGUAUAAAAUGUGUCUUUUUAUCAUUUUUCUUCAUUAAAGCUUGAGUGUUUAUUAUAUUAUAAAGUAAAAAUGACAGAGAUGCCUCCUCAUCUCGCAGUAAAUGAUGAAGAUAGUGACCAUACCGAUAGUGAUUCUUCUGACUUUGAGGACCAUCUACCUUUAUGUUUUAAUCAACCUCGGCAUACAGAACCCAUAAAGGGCAUUGAACGUGAGGAGCACACUUGGAGGGUCAAGGAAAAGUAUAAAACACACUGUGUUGCCCUAGUUUUGUGUCUCAAUGUUGGUGUGGAUCCUCCAGAUGUGGUAAAGACCCAGCCUUGUGCUCGCUUAGAGUGCUGGAUAGACCCAAAUUCACUCUCUCCAAGCAAGGCUUUAGAAACUAUUGGACACGCUCUGCAAACACAAUACGAGCGAUGGCAGCCACGGGCUCGCUACAAGCAGUCACUUGACCCCACCAGCGAUGAAAUCAAAAAACUGUGCUGCUCUCUGCGUCGCAACGCGAAGGAGGAGCGGGUGCUCUUCCACUACAACGGCCACGGCGUGCCCAAGCCCACUUCUCAGGGGGAGAUAUGGGUGUUCAACAAGGCGUACACGCAGUACAUCCCGCUGUCCAUGUACGACCUGCAGUCGUGGAUGGGCGCGCCCUCGCUGUACGUGUACGACUGCUCCAACGCCGGCGUCAUCGUCGACAACUUCAAGCAGUUCGCCGACCAGCAUGAGCGGGAGCAUGAACCCGCGGCCGGCCCGCCCGUCUCCUACCGCAACUGCAUACAGCUGGCGGCGUGUGCGGCUGGCCAGACGCUGCCCAUGUCGCCCGACCUGCCGGCCGACCUGUUCACCGCCUGCCUCACCACCCCCGUCAAGAUGGCCAUGAAGUGGUUCGUGCUGCGUAGCCGCCUGCGCUCCGCCACCGCCGACCUCGUCGACCUCAUCGAUAAGAUCCCGGGGCAAGUGACGGACCGGCGCACCAUGCUAGGCGAACUCAACUGGAUCUUCACGGCCAUCACGGACACGAUCGCGUGGAGCUCGCUGCCGGGCGAAUUGUUCCAGCAACUGUUUCGCGCCGACCUGCUGACGGCCAGCCUGUGCCGCAACUUUCUGCUGGCCGACCGCAUCAUGCGCUCCUACAACUGCACCCCGGUGGCCAGCCCCGCGCUGCCGUCGUUGGCGCGCCAUCCGCUGUGGGCCGCCUGGGAGCACACGCUGGACCUGGCGUUGGCGCAGCUGCCGGCGCUAUUGGGAGAGCGGCCGCCGCCCUUCCGCCACUCGCCCUUCUUUCGCGACCAGCUCACCGCCUUUCAGCUGUGGCUGGACCUCGGCGAGGGCGCCGCGGGUCGCGCCCCACCCGAGCAGCUACCCAUGGUGUUGCAGGUGCUGCUGAGCACGCUGCACCGCGUGCGCGCGCUGCACAUUCUAUGCCGUUUCCUAGCACUGGGCGAGUGGGCCGUGCGCGCCGUGCUAGCCGUCGGCAUCUUCCCCUACAUGUUGAAACUGCUGCAGGCGUCGGCGCCCGACCUUCGCCCCGCCAUGCUCUACAUCUGGGCUCGUAUCGUCGCCGUGGACCCGAGUUGUCAAGCGGACCUGGUGAACGCGAAGGGCCACAAAUACUUCCUUGCUAUCCUGCAGGACCCCGCCGUGAACAGCGAACACCGCACCCUGGCCGCCUUCGUGCUCGCCGGCAUCGUCGACCGGCACCCCGCCGGCCAGGAGGCGGCGCUGCAGGGUUCCAUGAUUCCCGCUUGCCUCGAGCAGGUGAGCGACGGCGAGGGCGGCGCCGGCGUGCUCGAGCAGUGGGCGUGCAUCGCCCUGGGUCGCCUGUGGCGCGGUUGCGAGGCGGCCCGCGGUGCCGCCGCCCGCGACCUCGCGCACGAGAAGCUGGCCGCGCUGCUCACGCAUCCGCGCGUGGAGACGCGCGCCGCAUGCGCGUACGCGCUCGGCUGCCUCGUCGGCGCCGCUCCUCUCGCGCCGCGCACCGACCACGCCAACGCGCUCGACCACCAGGUGGCGGUGCUGCUGGCGGCGCGCCUCUCCGCCGACGCCUCGCCGCUCGUGCGCGCCGAGAUCCUCGCCGCACUGCAGUGGCUCGUGCUGAUCUUCGAGCAGCACUUCAUCGCGGUCUACCUGCAGGAGCGGAUGCGGAGAAGCGACAAGAGCGGCCGCGGUGGGGCUCAAGUGGAGGCGGGCUGCGAGGCGCUGGCCGGCCCCCCGCCCCGCGGCCCUCGCGGCUCGCAAGCCGCGCACCACUCGUUGUCGCUGCCCACCAUCGGCUUCGGCUCCGUCUACAUGAAGCUGUGGAGCAGCGUGUGCGCCAUGUGCCGCGAGCCGCACCCUGCGUUGGCGCAGAUGGCCGACGACAUCGUGGGCCACGUGGCCGACCAGGUGGAUAGCGUGGGCCGCGACGCGGAGCGAACCUCGAGCGGCGGCUCCAGCUCGCUGCCCCCGUCGCCCAACGCGCGGCCGACGGCCCCGCCGUCCGCCGGCACGCUGCCCCUCGGCCGUCGACGAGGCCGCUCCGGGCUGCCGCACGCCACUUCGGAGGAUUCCUUCUCCUCGUCGGCGGGCCAGAGUACUAAGAGACCCAUCGUGAGCACGCAGUUCGUGGAGUGGGCGACGGCGCGUUUCGGGCGGGGCGAGUCGGAGGCGGGCGAGGACGGCGACGUCGAGUGCCGAGCUCAUCACGAGCGCGUGUGGCGGCGCAGGCGCAACGCCAACAUCCGCCGAGAGGCGAAAGGGCUGCGGGCCGCGCGCGUGACGCGGCUGGACACGCAGGCGUUCCACUCGCGCUGCCCGCUGCCGCCCGCCGUGGUGCUCUUCCAUCCCUACGAGCAGCACGUCGCCGUCGCCUCCAAGGACAACUUCGGGAUCUGGGACUGGGGCACGGCGGCCAAGCUGUGCGUGGGCACUUGGCGCCGCACCUGGGGUCGCAUCACGUCGCUGGCCUACAUCGACGCCCACCACGGCGCCGCGCUGGCCGUGGCCGGCCACCAGGGUAACAUCGCCGUCUACCGGCCGUCCGGGGGCGGCACGGAGCCCCGCCUGCUGACGGCGUGGCGCGCCCUGGACGUGCGGCCCGCGCCCGACUACCGGCCGCCGCCCGCGCAGCCGAUCUACAACGGCGCGGGCGGCUCCAGUUCGUGGUCGGCGCCGCCGCCCGGCACGCUGGUGCGCUGGAGCUCGCGACGCUGCAGCUUGGCGCUGGCCGGCCCCGCGCCCACGCUGCGCCUCUGGGAUGCCCUCGCCGAGAUGCUGCACGCCGACAUCGACACCGGCGUCGAGUGCGCCGCGACGAGCCUGUGGCGCGGAGGCUGGCGGGUCGUGUGCGGUUUUGCGGACGGCUCCGUGCGCGCCUGGGACGAGCGGACGCCGGAGCCGGUGUACACGCUGCGGGAGCACGCGGCGCCCGUGCUGGCCGCCGUGCCGCGCUCCGAUCGGAACGCGCUCGUGACCGGAUGCGUGGAGGGCGUCGUGCGCGUGUACGACGAGCGCAAGCUGGGGACGAGGGCCGCGGCGCUACGUGAGGUGCGCGCGCCGGGCCCGCUGGCGGCGCUGGCCGUGCACGAGCGUGCGCCGCUGCUGGCCGCCGGCUCCGUGAACCAGUGCAUCAGCAUCUACGAUCUGCGAGGCGCGCACCUCAACACCAUCAAGUUCCACGAGGGCUUCAUGGGGCCGCGCAUCGGACCCGUGUCUUGCCUGGCCUUCCAUCCGCUGAGAUGCGCGAUGGGCGUGGGCUCCAAGGACUCGACCGUGUCCGUGUACCAGGCGGAGGCGCGUCGGUGACCUUCGCUCUACGGCCUGUCGCUGCCCUUCGCGCACUGACCGCGUCGGUAACGCCCGGCGAUCGUUAGUAAUUUAUUAUGUUUUUUUCAUAUCCACCUGUUGUUUAGCAGUCUCGUAUAGGUUACGAAAGCAUCAAGCGCGUUCGUCGGGUCCGGUGACGCCUUAUACACGGAUUGUGAUCUCUAUUUAACGAAUGCGAGAGAAAGAGAGCCGAGCCGAAGUGUUCAAAAGGUGCUACUUCGUGGAGUAAAUCCCACGGGACUAGCGCUUAAUUGUCACAACAGUUGGAAUCCGUGCAGUGGGUCUUUACUAGAAUUUUCAUAGAUAUAUGCAUGUGUAUUCAAUUAAAUUUUCGGUAAAAUAGAGAUGCCAACACGUGAAGAAUAGAGUCAACUUAAACAAAGAACUUUCAGACAUUCACUGUUAUCCUAAAGAGUUCAAAUCCAAGCUAAUUUGUGAACAUAUUAACAGUGAUUUUCCAAUAUGAUUGAGUUGUUAUGUUUUAUGUCUUACCCUACACUGAUGAUACUGUAGAUCUUAAAAAUGUGAAUUUUGCAUUCUGUGUUUUACAAUCAAUUAUAGCCCAAUUGAUGGUUCUGUAUAUUUGACAAGGUACACUUUGCAAUCCAAAAAGAUUAUGCAAAAUCAAAAGAUGUUGUGAUUAGUAAUUGUAAAGUUCCUAAUGCUCAAUAGUUACUAGAUACCAUGUUGCUUUGAUUAUGUUGUAAAUACAAACAGACAAUGGCUGCACUUUAUUUUAGGUGACUAACUCUGAGAUUACUUAUUUCCAUGUUGUAAUCCUGUAUGUGUAAGACAAUUUAUCCCAAGCCAAAAUUUUAAUUUGAGUGCAGCCCACGCAACUAUUGUGUUCUUAUUUUUAAGUUUACUUGUGUAUUAAAAUUGUAAAUAUUAUCAGGGUAAGAAACUCACUUGUUCACUUAUACUACAAUAAUUAUUGCAGAUAAUGGAUAGUCAGACUCUUUUCCCAUUAAAUGAAUGGUCAUGUCAAAUAUAUUCUGUAAAUUUAACUUGUGCUGAUAGGCUUAAUGAUAAUAUAUUGUUGUUGUUAAAAUAAAAGAGUACACCAAAACAA